AUGGCUGCACAUCGUAAAUGCCCAGUGACUAUUUGUGACACGUGUACCAUGGCCGGCUAUGCCCGCCUGAAGAAUGUCCUUCUGGCUCUCCAGACCCGCCUGAAGCCACUCCGAGAAGGGGACAGCAGAGAAGACCCUGCCUCCCAGAAGCGCCUCUUGGUGGAGUCUCUGUUUAAGGACUUGGAUACAGAUGGCAACGGCUACCUCGGCAGCUCUGAACUGGCUCAGCACGUGCUGAAGGAGCAGGACCUGGAUGAGGACUUACUGGGGUGCUCGCCAGGUGACCUCCUCCGAUUUGACGACUACAACAGUGACAGCUCCCUGACCCUCCGCGAGUUCUACACAGCCUUCCAGGUGGUUCAGCUCAGCCUCGCCCCUGAGGACAGGGUCAUUGUGACCACAGUGACUGUGGGGCUGAGCACAGUGCUGACUUGCGCUGUCCGUGGAGACCUGAGGCCACCAAUCGUAUGGAAGCGCAAUGGGCUCACCCUGAACUUCCUGGACUUGGAAGACAUCAAUGACUUCGGAGAGGAUGACUCCCUGUACAUCACCAAGGUGACCACCAUCCACAUGGGCAACUACACCUGCCACGCCUCCGGCCACGAGGAGCUCUUCCAGACCCACGUCCUGCAGGUGAAUGUGCCACCAGUCAUCCGCGUCCAUCCGGAGACCCAGGCACAGGAGCCUGGGGUGGCGGCCAGCCUGAGGUGCCACGCAGAGGGCAUUCCCAUGCCCCGAAUCACUUGGCUGAAAAACGGCAUGGAUGUCUCAACCCAGAUGUCUAAACAGCUCUCCCUUUUGGCCAAUGGGAGUGAACUCCGCAUCAGCAGUGUUCGGUAUGAAGAUACAGGGGCGUACACCUGCAUUGCCAAAAAUGAAGUGGGCGUGGAUGAAGACAUCUCCUCGCUCUUCAUUGAAGACUCAGCUAGAAAGACCCUUGCAAACAUUCUGUGGCGAGAGGAAGGCCUCAGUGUGGGAAACAUGUUCUACGUCUUCUCCGACAAUGGCAUCAUCGUCAUUCACCCCGUGGACUGUGAGAUCCAGCGGCAUCUCAAACCCACUGAGAAGAUUUUCAUGAGCUAUGAAGAAAUCUGUCCUCAAGGGGGAGGAGAUGCCACUCAGCCAUGCCAGUGGGCAUCCGCAGUCAACGUCAGGAACCGGUACAUCUACGUGGCCCAGCCAGCACUGAGCAGACUCCUUGUGGUCGACGUUCAAGCCCAGAAAGUCCUACAG